AAAGAUCUAUAUUUGAUUGUUUCGUGUAAAAUACAUACACGAUAUUUUCUAUCGGUCAGGUGAAUUCAUAAAAUUUGCUUAUUUAAUAUACUAAUUAACGUUUACGUAACUAAACUAUAACACGCAUAUUUAAUAUAACCGAUGACGUCAGGUAAGCGCUCUUAAAAUGGCGUCGGAUAAACGAAAUAUUACGAAAUUCAGUAAAAAUUGCGCUGUCGGUCAAUCGGAAACUUGGUCGGAAAAUACCGGACGAAGGAGAGGGAGGAUUUCUUCUAGUUUUGGGGGUGGCGAGGUAAAGAUGACGUUCGAUUUUAGAAAAUGUCGCUUCUAACCCCUUGUGGAGAAUGGAAACCGAAGGCGGAGGGCGGUAGGGACAGUCUCGAUCCCAAUCCGUCGUCACUCUGGGGAUAGAAACGUGAAAAAUGCAGAUAUUUAGCCUUAAAAUUCAAAAAGAAUCCGUGACGUCAAUCGCAUUCGAAUUCGUUGCGAGCUUUCUAAUCUCGCAACAAUUGCCGUUUCUAUGGAAACGCGUAUUGUUGCAACACGAUUUUGCGUCACUUUGCACGUUUUUCGCUUGCCGGACGGACGUGUGCGCUCUUUGCUCUUGUUUCUGCUGUGUUUUUUGCCUUUUUUACGUGGUUUUAAGAAGACUUGUGGACGCCGACAUUACACCAAAAUGAAGAGCUGGCGGUUUUGGCGUUGGCUGCGGCCCAAGAAGAUGAAGAAGUGUGAAGGGCGUUCUCCUUCCGCAAUCGAUGAAGAGAGGGUCUUUUCCCCCUUUGAGCGGGGAGAGGAACUCUCUUCCAUCGAUUGCGGAAGGGGUUCUUCCUUCACGGGAUCGCCUUCGGGAAUAGCGGAUGUCGACAGCAUUCUCUGUUCCGCGUUGAACGGAGAGGAGACAUUUCGCCAUUCGGACGUGUUCCGAAAGGUGAAAUGUCUCCAUGUUGACGACAUCAUCUUUGACGCACUGGGAGGGGAGGAAUGUUUCGAUCAUUCCUCCCUUUUCCAACGAGUGGGAUCCUCUCGUUCGGUGUGGGCAAAGAUGGAAAGGAAAAAGCGUCGCUUCGUAAGAGAAGUGAACGACUUUUUCCUUUGCUAUUUCUGAAGGAUAUUACUAACCUAGGAUAAGAAGGCAAGAGGUUUUUUUCGUUUGUUUUUUCCUCUUGUCAUACUAACAACAUUUAAAUUUAAGGUUUUAGUUUCAAUUUACUAACGUAGGAUAAGAAGGCAAGAGGUUUUUUUCGUUUGUUUUUUCCUCUUGUCAU